AUGGCAUAUCUAAAUGCCGGCUGCAAUGUAAAUACGAUUAAGGCAGCUGAUAUAAUUGACGACACUAACAUUGCUGAUGAUUUGUCCAUAGUACCUUUUGGAAAGGAAACUUUUGCAAUAUGUGAAUUAUGCGGUAGAGUAGGGCGACGGGGUCAAUUUUACACCCGUAACAAUAAAUUCUGUUCAUUGAGAUGUCAUGCAAGUAAGCAAGGUCGACGCCGUAAUUGCAACUGGAGAUUCAAACUUAUGGAAGGAGCUGAACACAUGGCGGGCCUUAUUCCAUUGGAACCACUUCCUCAGCUACAGCACUGGCAAGCUACAUUUAACGACUUGCAGGCAGGACCAAUCAAACAGUCUGCAGCAUUAAUAGCUAAUAGUUAUGAAUGGAAGGAUGAGUUGUUUGGCUGCGAUUUUCUCGCAGCACCUGUUAGUCUAUUUAAACACGCCCCACUGCAUGAAAUGUGGGACAAUACGUUCGAAGGCAUGAAAGUUGAAGUCAAAAAUACAGACUGUGAUAAUUAUUCAGAAAAAAACAAUGAUUUCUUUUGGGUUGCUACAGUUUUAAAGGUAAAGGGCUAUAUGGGUUUACUUCGCUAUGAAGGUUUCGGAAGCGACGAUUCGAAAGACUUCUGGGUAAAUUUGUGCUGUUCGGAAGUUCAUCCUGUAGGAUGGUGUGCAACUAGAGGCAAGCCACUCAUACCGCCUAGAAGCAUAGAAGAUAAAUACACUGAUUGGAAAAAAUUUCUGGUAAAACAAUUGACUGGUGCCCGUACCCUACCUGCUAACUUCUAUAGUAAACUAAAUGACAGUCUCGUAUCGAGGUUUACUAUUGGUUCUAUUAUGGAAGUAGUGGACAAAAAUAGGAUUUCUCAAGUAAAGGUAGCGAGUGUAUGUGAAAUAGUGGGCAAAAGGUUGCACGUGAAAUAUUACGACAGUUCACCAGAGGACAACGGUUUCUGGUGUCACGAGGACUCUCCACUAAUACAUCCCGUAGGUUGGGCGUUUCGAGUUGGUCAUCCUUUGGACGCCCCACAAAGUUACUGCCAAAGGGUAGCAGCCGGGCGCCUUAUGCCCAGUGACACUACACCAGAUAUGUUUUACAAGUAUCCAAGCAAUGAGCCACCCUUGUUCACUGAAGGGAUGAAGUUAGAAGCAAUAGAUCCGCUUAACUUGUCUGCGGUGUGUGCAGCUACGGUUAUGCAAAUUCUAAACGAAGGAUAUAUGAUGAUAAGAAUUGACUGUUAUCCAGCUGAUGCUUCCGGAGCGGAUUGGUUUUGCUAUCAUCAAAGAUCACCUUGUAUAUUCCCGGUUGGAUUCGCAAUGUCAAAUAAUAUCCCACUCGUACCUCCUGCUGGUAUAUCAGCGGAGGAGUUCAGCUGGGAGCGCUACCUGACGGGCGGCGGCGCGGGUGCGGCGGCGGGGCGCGCGCUGUUCGCGGCGCGCGGGCACGUGGUGUCGCACGGCUUCGUGGCCGGCAUGCGCCUCGAGUGCGCCGACCUCAUGGACCCGCGCCUCGUCUGCGUCGCCACCGUCGCGCGCGUCGUCGCCGACCUGCUCAAGGUGCACUUCGACGGGUGGGGCUCGGAGUACGACCAGUGGUUGUGGGCGCACAGCACGGACGUGUAUCCGGUGGGGUGGUGCCGCGCGGUGGGGCACCGGCUGGAGGGUCCGCUGCAGGCGCCGCGCCGCCCCGUGCCCCGCCCCGCGCGUCCCGCCCGCCCCUCGCGCCUCCAUCGCCGACGCAAGAAGCACGUGACAAAAAUGACUGCCCAUCCACCGAAUACGACAGAAGAAAGUUCACAAAACUCCGAUAUGUGCGAAUCGAAAAGCUUAUCUCCACCAACUAGUGUAUCGGAGAUAUCCGCCGACUUAGAGUCUAGGCAUGAAGAUAAUAUUUCAAACAUUGAAGAAGUUAACAAGAUGGAAGUUGAUCAAGACCUGAAGGAGGAUACUCCAGAAGUUCAAAAUGGAAGGCUUAGUGAAACGACCUUGGAUAUAAUAAACCCUCAAACUGAAGCAUCACAAGAUUCAAGUCAAACCACAAUACAGUCAGAAGAAGUGCCUAUAGAAGAGGACAUUGAAGAUAAAGUGAUACCUAGGCUAGUUAACACUACAGUACCUUUAGAAGUUCUCAAUUCAGUUGACCCUGAGAACUGGACUACUUCAGAUGUUUCAAAGUUUCUCACUGUAAACGAUUGUCAACCUUACUGCAUUAACUUUGCACAUAUCACUGGAGCCAUGAUGCUCCAACUGUCCAAAGAUGAAAUAAUUGAACUUUUAGAAAUGAAAGUAGGCCCAUCGUUGAAAAUAUUUGAUUUAAUACAACAGCUGAAAUGUAAGAUUAAACAACCUCAGUGCAGAAUGCUAGCAUUUAAGUAG